AUGAGCUUAGUCAUUGCACUUGAUGCAACAGUAAUUGUUCCGGUUCUACCGACUAUUGCCUCUUCCCUUCAUGGCAGCACCACCGCUACAUUCUGGGUGGGAUCAGCAUAUCUACUUACUAGUGCCAUUUUCCAGCCCUUUAUUAUUGCUUUGUCCGACGAGUUUGGUCGGCGUCUGCUACUUUUCCUGUGUAGCCUCUCGUUCAGUUUGGGUACCUUGAUAUGCUGUCUUUCUCGAAGUUUUUCACAGCUUUUACCCGGUCGAGCGAUUCAAGGUGUUGGGGGAGGCGGGAUCAUGGCUUUGAAUAACGUCAUCAUCUCUGAUAUUAUCCCCCUGCGUCAACGACCUUUAUAUUUGGCUGCUCCGCAGCUCGCAUGGGCGAUCGGAACCAUCACCGGUCCUCUGCUCGGCGGCCUAUUUGCUGAGCAUACUAAGUGGCGCUGGAUCUUUUACUUGAAUUUUCCAUUUUGCCUUGUGGGCGUGAUCAUGAUUCCAUUCGCGGUGCGGUUGAACGCGCAACGUCCAAGUCUGAAAGACCGAAUGAGAAGGAUGGACUGGAUUGGCAUGAGUCUGUUUACUGUGAGCAUCACUUCUAUUCUGGUUCCACUCACGUGGGGGGGAGUUGAGUUUGCUUGGUACAGUUGGCAAACCCUAGUGCCUCUUAUCUUGGGAGUAAUUAUCUUACCUUUUACCAUUUUCUAUGAACACUAUAUCCCUUUGCGGCCAUUCCUCCAGCUGUCGCUAUUUGACAGUAGAUCUGCGAAUGCCGCAUACUUUGGCUCUCUAAUCCAGGGUCUUCUGUUGUUUUGCACUCUCUAUUAUGUCCCCGUAUAUUUCGAGGCAGUCAAAAACUUCGGUCCCGUCAAGACAGGACUCAGCUUGAUGCCAGCAACAGCAACCUUGGUCCCAAUGAGCAUUAUCACAGGAGCAGCGAUGCGCCGACUUGGUAGAUUUCGUUGGGCAAUAUGGUCUGGGUGGCUGAUCACCAUACCAGCGACUGGACUAUUGAUCCUUCUCAAUGCCGACACCACCACUCAUUCUUGGGUGCUAAUCCUGAUUGUAGUGGGUGUCGGUUACGGCCUUCUUCUCAUGUCUCUCAACUACUGCACUCAGGUCAUCGGAAAUAGCCAGAAUUCUGCCAACGCUGCGGUCAUGUAUACUUUCUUAAGGUCAUGCGGUAUUUGCCUUGGUGUUGCCCUUGGUGGUGCCGUUUUUCAGAAUCAACUUGUGGUUCACCUGAGAAGGAUGCAUCUCCCAACCGAGAUUGCAUCCGACGCCAUGUCGUUGAUAAGUACCCUGACCGGGAGUCGCGAGACGGUCGCCCCCGCUAUUUUAAAAUCAUUUCAUAAUGUGUGCGAAUUCAUGCUUGCCUUUGCAACCUUGGGGGGGGUCUUGUCUAUUUUUAUCGAGUCUGCUUCGCCAGACGCAGAUUUGAACUCGGAGCAUGUGGUUACAAGUUGA